AUGCCGUGGCGAAAACCCCCCCGCGUUAAUUUCGAAGAGCAGGCCGAGUAUCGGUGGCCGUUUUGGAAGCUUGGCCUGCAAGAAGACGACCUCUUUGGAGACCUCCACGAGCGUUUCAACACUGUUCCCAUGUUCAUCCAAGACCCCGACGCCUUUCACCACGACGUCAACGAGAUCGCACACCAGGCUCUUGACAAAGAAGACUUUUACGCACGUCUCCAGAAGAGGAGAGAUCAGAGGGUGGAAGAACUACUGGACAUGGAAAACAAAAUCGGGGCAUUACAUCUCUCAGGCUACAACCGACUCACCGACGAUCAACGGUUCCAUCGUCUACGCCUCGAGUGCUUUGCGAGCCUUGAUUGUCUUGUCGCAUUUUGCGCGUCGUUCCUUACACCCAACGAAAAGGGCAUGAAGCCAUCUUUGGGUCAGUUCGGUGCUGCCGCUUGGUCAGGAAGACAGGCUAACCUAAUCACAGACAUCUUCCUCAGAUCCGAAGAGCGCAAAGCCCGAAGCACGCUAUUCAAAGGCCUAGCUGCCAGCCUGAAUUCCUCGACCCCCGAUUCCCGCGAUUUAGGACAUGCCGAUUUGCCUCCGUCACCACCAGAAGGUGAUGGAGAGUGCCCGCCUUCGACAACAUUGGGAAGAGACUCGACAUCGCUGCCGCCCGAACCAUGUGCACCUGAGACGCCCAUAAGACGAAAGAGGAAACACUCUGUGGACUUUGAUGCCGACGACUCGCCGCAAGUGAAGCGCCCGCGCCCGGAAUCUAUCGACGACCUGGAACACGAUGAGGCAGAUACAUCCGGCGUUUCGGAAGAGACGAAUCGUGAAGAUGAUGUCUCCGAAUUCUCUUCCCAACGCAACGAGCAUAGCGCAGACAAUGCUGUCGGCCAAAACACGGCCAUACCGCCAAUCCCCGAUCCCCGGCCAUAUUUAUCUCCCGUUUGCCCAAAACUCGCAGUUGAACAAGCCUCCCCGCAAUCUCCGUCGCGCUCCGACAACAAGACGGGGCAAUCGAGUAACCAGGAUCCUAGUUCGACUCGACCAUCAACGAAACAUUAUACACCAGAACCAAGCAUUGGAGAGAACACCGUAUCACCUCAAAGAAGGAGUGACCGAAUAUCAGCCCGAUCCGCAACAAGAGAACUGAAAACAUGA